AUGAUGACCCGCACGCUCUUGGCCCUGGGCCUCAGCUUCGUCUGCCUCGCCUCCACGGCGGCCGAACCGGCCACCAAACCCGCGGGUCUUAAGCCCGGCGACACGGUGAUGAUUGUCGCCCCCUCGGGCGACCUCGAUGAGGAGCGCAUCGAGCUGGCCGUCGAGCGGCUGAAGGAGUUGGGUUUCAAGGUCAUCGUCCCGGAAGACGUCUACAGCCAGUGGGGCUAUCUGGCGUUCACCGACCCCGACGUGGACGCCGUCUUCCCGAGCACCGGCGGCUACGGCGUCAUGCGGAUGCUCGACCUCUUGGACUUCGACAAGAUCCGCGACAACCCCAAGGUCCUGAUCGGCUUCAGCGACAUCACGGCGCUCCACAUGGCGCUGGCGAAGAAGUGCAAUCUGGUGACGUUCCACUCUCCCAAUCCGCAGUGGGGUUUGGGGAGCGACGAAGGCUUUCCUGCGUACAACGCCAAGUACUUCUGGCGUUGCUUGAUGGCGGACCAAAACGACGGCGACGAAGGCUUCACUUACGAGACGCCCGACGGGGCGCCGCUCCGCGUUAUCGCCCCGGGCGUCGCCGAGGGGACACUGUGCGGCGGCAACCUGACGCUCGUCGCCAGCCUGACGGGCACGGAGUACGAGCUCGAUACCGAAGGUCGCGUUCUCUUCCUGGAAGACGUCCGCGAAUCGCCCUACCGCAUCGACCGCAUGCUCCGCCAGCUCAAGCUGUCGGGGCAACUCGACAAGCCGGCGGCCGUGAUCCUCGGUCAGUUCAGCAAGUGCGAGUCGGACGGCGACGGCUCGAGCCUGGCGCUCGCCGAGGUGCUGCUCGAUUACUUCGCCGACGCCACUUACCCGGUGGUCUACAACUUCCCGGCCGGGCAUGUAAAGGACAACGCCACGCUGCCGCUGGGAGUGCGGGCACGAGUCGACGCCAAUCAGCGUCGGGUCAGCGUGUUGGAGAACGCUGUAUCGGCGCC